CCGGGCCGCAGCGCCGCGAGCCGCGGGGUGUCAGCGGCGGCCCUGUGAUGGCGGCGGCGGGGCGCUGGCAGCCGCGGCGGCUGGGGGCGCCGGGGGGGCUGUGCCGCUCCUAACUCGGCGUCGGGCCCCUGCGCCAUGGGGAGGAGCCGCGGCGGGCGGCUGGCCUGAGGCGGCGGCGACAGCGGAGGGCGCGGCACUGCUGAGGGGGCCCCGCCGCGGGGGCCGCGACCCGCGCCGCCGGGGAUGUUGCGGUGGGUCCGGCAGCAGCUGGGUUUUGACCCACCUCACCAAAGCGAUACAAGAACUAUUUAUAUAGCAAAUCGUUUUCCCCAGCAUGGCCACUAUGUUCCUCAGAAGUUUGCAGACAACAGAAUCAUAUCAUCCAAGUAUACAGUAUGGAAUUUUGUUCCAAAAAACUUAUUCGAGCAGUUCAGAAGAGUAGCCAACUUUUAUUUUCUGAUUAUAUUUUUGGUUCAGCUCAUGAUAGAUACCCCUACCAGUCCUAUUACCAGUGGAUUGCCAUUAUUCUUUGUCAUAACUGUGACAGCCAUAAAACAGGGUUAUGAAGACUGGCUACGACAUAAAGCAGACAAUGAAGUAAAUGGUGCUCCAGUUUAUGUUGUUCGAAGCGGUGGCCUUGUAAAAACUAGAUCUAAAAACAUUCGGGUGGGGGACAUUGUCAGAGUAGCCAAAGAUGAGACUUUUCCUGUUGAUCUGGUGCUUCUGUCAUCUGAUCGAGUUGACGGUUCAUGCCAUGUUACUACUGCAAGUUUGGAUGGAGAGACCAAUCUUAAGACACAUGUUGCAGUCCCGGAAACAGCAGUGUUACAGUCCGUUGCCAACUUGGACAAACUUGUAGCUGUUAUAGAAUGUCAGCAGCCAGAAGCAGAUCUAUACAGAUUUGUUGGAAGAAUAACUGUAAGUCAACAAACUGAAGAAAUUGUACGACCUCUUGGACCUGAAAGUCUCUUACUUCGUGGAGCAAGAUUAAAAAACACUAAAGAAAUAUUUGGUGUUGCAGUGUAUACAGGUAUGGAGACAAAGAUGGCAUUAAAUUACAAGAGUAAAUCUCAGAAACGGUCAGCAGUAGAAAAGUCCAUGAAUUCCUUUUUGAUUAUUUAUCUAAUGAUUCUCCUCUUUGAAGCCAUUCUGAGCACUAUUUUAAAGUAUGCAUGGCAAGCUGAAGAAAAAUGGGAUGAGCCUUGGUAUAAUGAAAAAACGGAGCAUGAAAGAAACAGCAGUAAGAUCCUGAGAUUUAUUUCAGAUUUUCUUGCUUUUCUGGUACUUUACAAUUUUAUCAUACCUAUUUCACUUUAUGUGACUGUUGAGAUGCAGAAAUUUCUUGGAUCUUUUUUUAUUGGCUGGGAUCUUGACCUCUAUCAUGAAGAAACAAACCAGAGAGCACAAGUAAAUACUUCAGACCUCAAUGAGGAAUUGGGCCAGGUAGAAUAUGUGUUUACAGACAAAACUGGUACAUUAACUGAAAAUGAGAUGCAGUUUCGGGAGUGUUCCAUUAAUGGCAUAAAAUACCAAGAGGUCAAUGGUAAACUAACUCCAGAGGGGUUUUCUGAAGAUUCUCCAGAUGGAAAUAGACAUAAUUUGAUGAAAGAGGAAGAACUCUUCUUGAAAGCAGUUUGUCUUUGUCAUACAGUGCAGGUCAAUGCAGAUCAAACAGAUAGUGCUGAUGGUCCCUGGCAUGCCAAUGGAAUAAUAUCACCGUUAGAGUAUUAUGCUUCUUCACCAGAUGAGAAAGCUUUAGUUGAAGCUGCAAGCCGGGUUGGAGUAGUAUUUACUGGAACUAGUGGGGACAGUAUGGAAGUAAAAAGUCUUGGAAAACCAGAAAGGUAUAAAUUGCUUCAUGUUUUGGAGUUUGAUCCAAAUCGCAGACGAAUGAGUGUCAUUGUAGAGAGUCCCUCCGGGGAAAAGCUUUUGUUCACAAAGGGAGCAGAAUCUUCCAUUCUUCCUCGUAGUAAGAGUGGAGAAAUAGACAAAACAAGGAUACAUGUGGAUGAAUUUGCUUUGAAAGGACUAAGAACUUUGUGCAUAGCCUACAGAAGAUUCACACCUGAGGAGUAUCAAGAAAUUGGCAAACGCCUUCAUGAGGCCAGGACUGCCUUACAACAACGGGAAGAAAGAUUAGCAGAUGUAUUCAACUUCAUAGAAAGGGAUCUGGAAUUACUUGGGGCUACAGGAGUAGAAGACAAACUGCAGGAGAAAGUCCAAGAAACUAUAGAAGCACUCAGGCUGGCGGGUAUCAAAGUGUGGGUACUCACUGGAGAUAAACACGAAACGGCUGUUAGUGUCAGUUUAUCAUGUGGACACUUUCAUAGAACCAUGAACAUCCUUGAGCUUGUGCAACACAAGUCAGACAGUACGUGUGCAGAACAACUGAGGCAGCUAGCCAAGAGAAUAAAGGAAGACCACGUUAUCCAGCAUGGACUGGUUGUGGAUGGGACCAGCCUCUCUCUUGCACUCAGGGAACAUGAAAAACUGUUCAUGGAAGUUUGCAAAAACUGUUCUGCAGUGUUGUGCUGUCGCAUGGCACCCCUUCAGAAAGCAAAGGUAGUGCGACUGUUAAAAACGUCUCCAGAGAAACCUAUAACAUUAGCAAUUGGUGAUGGUGCUAAUGAUGUGAGCAUGAUACAAGAAGCACAUGUUGGCAUAGGAAUCAUGGGUAAGGAAGGAAGACAAGCUGUAAGAAACAGUGACUAUGCAAUAGCACGGUUUAAAUUCCUCUCCAAGUUGCUUUUUGUUCAUGGGCACUUUUACUAUAUUAGAAUAGCAACCCUUGUACAGUACUUUUUUUAUAAGAAUGUGUGCUUUAUUACACCACAAUUUUUAUAUCAGUUCUUCUGUUUGUUUUCACAACAAACGCUCUAUGACAGUGUAUACCUGACUUUGUACAAUAUUUGUUUCACUUCCUUGCCUGUUCUCAUAUACAGUCUUUUUGAACAGCAUGUGCAUCCGCAUGUAUUACAGAGUAAACCUGUGCUCUAUCGAGACAUCAGUAAAAAUGCCCAUCUGGGGUUUAAACCAUUUCUUUACUGGACCAUCUUGGGCUUCUUUCAUGCAUUUGUUUUCUUUUAUGGCUCGUAUCUUCUGAUGGGAGAAGACACUUCUCUGCUGGGAAAUGGCCAGAUAUUGAAACCUAACAGGCAAAUGAUGUUUGGAAACUGGACAUUUGGUACUUUGGUCUUCACCGUUAUGGUUAUAACUGUUACGAUGAAGAUGGCACUAGAAACUCACUUCUGGACAUGGAUAAACCAUUUUGUUACUUGGGGAUCCAUUGUAUUUUAUUUCAUAUUCUCCUUGUUUUAUGGGGGAAUUAUCUGGCCAUUUUUACAUACCCAGGACAUGUACUUUGUGUUUGUUCAACUGUUGUCAAGUGGUUCUGCUUGGUUUGCCAUAAUCCUCAUAGUAGUUGCUUGUUUGUUUAUUGAUGUUGUGAAGAAAGUGCUGUACAGACAUCUACAACCAACAAGUACUGAAAAAGCUCAGCUUACUGAGGCAGGUUCAGGUAUCAACUGCUUGGACUCCAUGUGCUGCUUCUCAGAUGGGGAAACAGCAUGCACAUCUGUUAGAAGAAUGCUGGAACGACUGAUGGGAAGAUGUAGUCCAACCCGGGUCAACAGUGGCAUGAUUUGUCUGGUUUCUGCUCUCUGUUGGGAUGACUCAGUUUAUAACAGGAGGAGGAAAGAUUGGAUGCUCAUGGCUGUAUCAGCUCUUGCCGUCAGUCGUCUUAGAAGUGCAUCUGCAUCGGUAUUUGCAAGGCUUCUGCUUUCCAUAGUUUGUUUUUUUUUCCUUCAGCUAAAUACUGCUCCUAGAGGCAUCAGAAAACUCGGUACAGAGACCUUACCUGCUGUCCCAAGUUGCUGUGGCUUUUGUUAAAAGGAAUGUUCUCUUCACUCUGAAGUAUCCGCCUUGCUCUAGCUGUUGCCACACUAUGAUGUUGUAUUACAAUAAGUACAUACAAUUGUCAGCACUGUAGAUACGACUUUUUUUUUGUUGUUUCCAGUUUGUAUAAAUGCAUAAAGUGGGUAGAACUGGAGGGGCCAUGGGCUAAAAGACCUCUAUAUGUGUAACAUGAAGUGGAAAGAAAUGAAAUGCACUCACUGCUCUGUAUGAUACAAAGUGUGACCUGUCUGAAAGAAACCCAGACGUAGCACCUAAGUGGCCUGUGGUGUACAGUAAUCUUUUCCUCAGCAGUUUUAAAGGAAAUUAUUUUGUUCAUCAGCAGGUUUUCAACCUUUUUACAUUUUGGCAAUUGGAGAAAACGGAAUCUAUGGGGCAUAUAGUUUAGAAAGGGGAAAAUUGUUAAAAAAGACUCACUUUCAGGUAUAAAGAAGAUACCAUUACUGCAGCAAAGAAUAUAUUUUUACAAUUCCUAGUUACAGGCCUGUGAGAGAUUUCAGGUCCUAUGCAUGUGAAAGUAAUGAAUCAUCUAGACUCCUGGUUUUUUACUGAAGAGUGAUCAAGUUCUGCUGCUUUUUUGAAGAAAAAAACUUGAACUGCAAGAAGUACCUUUUUAAAGAUGUUGAUGCUUAAUUUUAGGUAACCAAGGGGCAUUGGCAACUGGAAACCGUAGCAAUAAUUAGUACAAAGAAUUAUGGACCUCUUGACACUGUGGCUGCCUCAUGUUCUUUUUGAUUCUCUGACAGCGAGUCUGUGUGCUUGCUCAUUGUACAGCUUGGUCAGUAGAAGUUGUUUUAAAAAUGGUUUAUUAAAAGUAUAUUUAUUAAAUAAAACUUUCACUUCUAGCUGAGUCAUUGUUUUAAUUAUGGCAAAUACGCCGGAGUAAAGCAAGGCUUGCUGCUCUGUGUGCCAGGAUCGUUGAGGGGCCAGGCUGAAGGUACGUUCCCAGCAGGCGCACACAGAUCUACCUCCACCCCUCCCAGACCCUCAGGAGCAGUGAGGUGAGCAUGGAGAGCGCCUCUGGCCUCGCCUUGCUGCCUUCUCUGGCUGGAGGGAAGCCCACCAGCAAGGAGAAAUAACUUUAUGCGCCUUGUGUGUAAGGGGGGGGCCCUCCAGCUGCUGGUCCAGUAGCCCCAGCUCCCCUGGGAGCCUACUGGGAUGCUUGCUUAGUGGUGAAUCCCAGCGUGGGCUUCACGCCUGUUUCUUCAAUAGCAAACAUAACCAAGCUCUCGCCCUCGCAGGUUUCCCAGGCAGCUUCUUGUUUGUAAUUUGCUUUGCAGGGUGCUCAUGCUGCUGCCUGCCAGCUGGCCAAUGAACUCGUCAAGGGAGGAGGCCUGGAAAUCUUAUACGCUGAAGACACAGAAUUGAGUUUUGAAAGGAAACAGGUGUAAUUUCAUGUAAAACAUUCAAAUAACAACAGCGAGGCAGCUUCUGUUAACAUUAGUGGAUGAACUUCCAGGAGGACAUUGAUUUUUGUACCAGUUUAAAUGGCCAGGUUUGAGUUACAGACAGCUGUAGCAAAACUCUUAAUAUUUACUCACGCAGAUACUUAGCCCUUAGCUUUGUACUGUUUAGCUGACUGUAUAUUUCUGAUGGAUAAAAUUAUAAUUUUAUCCAAUACAUAAUGGUGUGGUCUACUCUUGAAAGCUCAGCGGCCUGAACGGCACCAUGGGUUUAAAAACCAGACCCAUUCAGCAUUACCAUACUCAAGUAAACUCUACAGGGACUUCUGGCAAUAUUAUUUCAAUAAUGUGUGAAUUGCAAAAGUUCAUUAAAUGCAUUCUUAAAAAAAAUAAAUCUUAAGUAAGGAUUUCUCAGUACAGGUUUCAUCGUAAAGCAGUUUUGAAGCAAGUCGUAAGUUACCUAUUAACAGGUUCAGCAAUAAAAAAGUCACCUUCUGUAUGUGUGGUAGUCUUCAUCCAUGUUAAACGGCUGCACUGUGUGUGGUGUCUUCCUUCACGUGCUGGGUGACAUCAGUGCUGGAAAGCUCGGCGCCGUUUUGUACUUGUAACCAUUUAGAGUAAGGUUAUUUUUAUGCUUAAAUCCCCCCAAACUUACCAAGAAAGUGUAUUUUAUGCAGAAGCAUUCCAUACCUCCCCCUCUCCCCGCUGAAAAGCACACUCCAGAAAUAAGACUUACAAAUAAUACACUGCAACAAUGCAUAAGAAGACUUAAGUCAUGGCAAUUUCACUGGAGCUUUAUUGCCUCUGUUGGUAACGAGAGGGAUUGUAAGAAGUUACAUUUGAACUUACAGAGAUAUGUAAAUGAUGGUUUUUUACUAAAUAUAAUCUCAAGAUUAAGUGUUUUAUAUCAGGGCACUUCUAAUUUUGUACAUAUUUAACGUAUAAAAACAGGUUACAAACCUGGAGUUUACCUUUUUUUUUUUUUUUUUUCUUUUGACAUUUGGCAAAAUUAAAUCGAUCCAUUCAAGGGGAGAUCAUCAAAUUGGAGACGUAAGCACUUACAAAUCAAAGCAAUCCAAGUAAGCAACUGUCUGCAUUCUUAAAAAAAAAAAGAAAA